CGUCCAGUGCAACAACUUCCUUUGCGCUCUUGGCACAGACAGUCUGUGUUUGGAACCAAGGGGCUUGGGAUUUCUUGCCCUAAGUUUACCAUUCAACACGAUGAAUUUCACUUUGGAGGUUUCAAACCGACACGCUCACGGAGGGGAAGGUGUUUAAUGGAAAUGAGUGACUCAUUUUGAGAAAACCAUGGCAAAGUCAAACACAAAACACAGAGUUUGUUGGCGGGAAUCUUCAGUAUCUUCUCUCUUGGCGAGCUGCAGCCUAAGUGGUAGCAGCUCCUCCAGCUCUGGUGGCUCUUUUCAGUAUAAGGACAAAUUGUACAGUUCUGCUUCCGAGGCUUUGCAAGCCUAUAUUGAUGAUUUUGAUCUAAGCAGAGAACAUUCAGGAGCAAACACUGGCAGAGUGAACACUGAUGAAGAGUCUGGUGAUAUGCUGCGAUUUUCCAGCUGUGUGCAUAAACCAAACAAUGCUUUUGAAAGUCUUGAUCACAAACAGCACACAAAGCCCUUAUACUAUAGAAGAGAGACUAUUAAUGAUAUGGACUCCAUUAGCCUAACAACUGAUGAUUUGUUGAGACUUCCAGCAGACGGAUCUUUUUCCUUCAUUUCCGUUAUACCUGGUCACCGACUAAGCAAGAAAAACAAGAAAUACAUUGAAACACAGGAUUCAUCGGACAUUAAAAAGAAACCAAAUUUUCAUGUAGACUUUACUCCCAAGAGCAAGGAUAAUGUAGUUACUCCUGAUGUGUAUACAAAUGUAAAUGGAAAGAAAUGUGGUAGGCUCAGAACCCCAAAACCUAUGAAUAGAAAUAAUAAACAUGUUUUGGAAUCAUCUUUAUCCUUUCCUAAGGAAUCAUCUUUCAAGGACAGUUCAAAUUAUCCAAGAUGGCUCACUAGCCAGAAAUCUGAUCUUAAUGUCUCAGGGGUAACUAGUAUACCUGAUUUUAAGUAUCCAAUUUGGCUCCACAAUCAAGACUUGCUACCUGACGCAAAUAGUCAAAGUGUUUCUAAAUUACUUAAUGAAGAUGAAUAUUCCCCUAUGCAUAGUUACCAGACACAAAGAACUACUCAGCUUACAAAUAGAAUCAAUUGUUUUGAAUAUUCUUUUCAGCCUUCAAACCUUACAGAUUCCUUCAUUGAGAAUAAAGGAUUAGUUAACGAACAUAAAUGUGAUUCUGAAAAUGGCCAGUGUCAGUGUGAGAAUCCACUUCUCCCAGGACAGUCCCCAAAGCCAUUCUGUGGUGACAAAAUUGAAUUGCUUAUCCUGAAGGCCAAGAAGAAUCUCAGACAAUCUACUGAAGACUUAGCAAAGCCUGUGGAGAAGGAUGACAGCCCUUGUUCCUUAGAUAAGCUUGAAGCAGAGCGAUCAUGGGAAAAUGUCCCUGUUACUUUUAAAUCUCCUGUCCCUGUUAAAGCUGAUGACAGUCCUCAACAAAGUUCCAGGACACAAUGUACUAAUGAGAUUCUUGAAGACUUUUUAAAUGAUGAGAACCAGAGCUCUACCCUAUCUGGAGGCAAGCAUCAUGGUCCUGUUGAAGCCUUGAAACAAAUGUUAUUUAACCUCCAAGCAGUGCAAGAAAGUUUUAAUCAGAAAAAAAAUACAGAGUCAAAAGAAGAGAUCAAGCAAGUGUCAGAGGAUGAUUUCUCUGAGUUGCAAUUGAAGGAAAAUAUGAUUCCGAUUACUAGGUCUCUUCAAAAGGCCCUACAACAUUUAUCACGCCUGAGAGAUCUGGUCGAUGAUACCAGUGGGAAACAGUCACCAAAAAUGUGAAGAGGAAAAUAAAACUUAAACCACAAUAAAACAGUCACCAUAAAUUCAUUAUGUACUUUUGCUGUUACUUACAUUUACAAAGUAAAUAUAAACCAUAUAUUUUUCUAUGUUUACAUCAAGUAUAUUCCUAAUAAUCUAAACUUGGAAAUAUCCAUAGGCUUGCUUUCAUACAAAAACAGGACUGGAAGACACUAAAAUAUGUCCUGAAGUCGUAGUUGGAUCUUCAAACCAAAAAAUGUUUAAUAGUCAAAAGUGGGUAAUUUCCUUCCUUGCCAUUUAUCUAGACCCAGCUUUUAUUGACAUUCUCACCAUUAGUCAUUUAGUUCUUUGACAUUAAGGAACUUUUCAGUCUCUACCCUAAUUUUAUAUUUGUGUGUGUGUAUACUAAAUGUAGUUAAGCAGUUUAAGAAAUAGCUUAAAUUCUUGUAUCAUAUGGGAUUUUGUUGUUUCUGCGAUUUCAUAACUUGAAUAUUUAAGAUGUUAUAUUUGUAAAUAACAGUUAUUUACAAUAAUUGGCGGCUCAGUGCUAAUGGAAUGUUUUUUUAUUGUGUUACCAGAGAACUGCCUUAUUUAAUUAAUGCUUUGAUUCUUUGUAAGAUAAUCUUGAUAAUACUUGACAAUUCACAAAUUGUUUUAGAGAGUAUUUUGAGAAUUUAAUAUUUGAAAUGUAGUUAUUGCCUAGAUUUUAGUUUUAGAUUAAUCCCAAUCAUUAAUAGCUAUAGAUUUAUGACAAAUCUGAAACUAAACAAAAAAUGAGUGUGGAAAAUCCAAAAAUGAUUGUAGUUUAAAACUAUUUCCUAUAGUUUCCUGAAUAAUUUAUCUCUAGAUAGAACUGAACAGAGCUGUGUUUUGCAGUUUCUACUGAGUGUUAAUAUUUAAGGUUAGUAGGAAACAUCUUAAUCAAUGAGACUAAAAUUAUGUAAUAAAGCAUAAGUAAUACAUUUAAAAAUGAUGAAAUUAAAGAGUGCAUGCUAAUAUGAUAAAAUACUACAAAUUAACAUUUUACCCAAAUGACUGUAUCUUUAAUAAAUAAAUUUAUUGUUAUGUAGAA